AUGGAAGACAGGCAAGCUUCUGCAAUUUUUCUGAAAUUCAUGGCGGUUUUGACUUAUGGGCUUGUAACAUGCAUUGCGGUAAAGAUAUCAUCCUAUGCAGGGGAAGAUCAACGAGCGUACUACCCGGUUGAAGCAUACGAUCGUUUUGCAUAUUGGAAAGAUGUUUCCCCACAAAAAGAAUACAUAGAAUCCAGCAAAUACGAUGACCGAAGUCAAUAUUCUAGCUUCAUGCCGGGAGACUCCGUUGUUCAGCAUUCCAGCGUCGAACCUGUUUGGAGAAAACCUGACAAACCUAACAGGGAUGAGAGGAUACCGCCAUUCAAAACACAUGAAAACAAAAAGACUCAAGUUGAGGAACAGCCCGCUCCUAAGAACGACACAGAAAACGUCUUGGAAAAAGGCCGGGUCAAGAGCAUCGACCGCUUGUCCAGAUUUUUUCCUGAAGAAAGUGACCACGAAUCUGAUUCUGAAUAUGGUGGUGAUUUGCAACAAGAAGACUAUCGAUCCGGACGAUUUAUAGACUAUGAUGAGGAUAAAAAAUUCGUGCGGGUUUCCACAGUGUCGAAGGCCAAAGAAGAUCAAUUCUACGAGAUAUCUGGGCCAAACAACGAAAGAGUUCCUAUUAAUAUCGCCGUGCCUUCUAAACCGGGCGUUUCAGAUGGAAGAAAUACGUGGUCUGUAAAGAAUCAGGUUCCUGAUAGACGUCUCACUGCAGCUAAUGCUGCAACACUAAGUCAGAAGGAUCAGCAGAAUAUAUUGGUAGAUCUUCUUCAAAAGAAGCAAAAUAUUUCGUCCAUGGCAGUUGACAACGACCCAAGAGGAAUCCAACAAGGAUUGGCUGAACUACUAGGUCAAAUGAUCCCGCAGCGCUGCUCGUACCGCGGCCGGCGCUUCGACUGCGGCCUGAGCAUCAGCUGCGUGCUGGCGGGCGGCCGGCCGCUGGACCUGUGCUCCGGGGGCCUGAUCUGGGCGUGCUGCGUGUCGGCCGACGCGCUUCGCCCCGACGAGGCGCCCGCCGCCGCCGCCCUCGCCAACGCCACGAAAGUUUCUAUUCCAAAGGAAGGUGAAGUUCAAGAAGAAAAAAAGAAUCCAUUUCAUCAUUAA